GUGCUAUCAGUUGGUCCGCUAUCACACACAACUUAAAAUUUUCAAGGUGCACUUCGCAAGACUGUGGGUUUCGCACAGAAUAAAAAAGGACACACCAUUUUUUGUUUUGUAGGAGUUAGUCACCGCAAUGGACCGUACGGAUGGUGAAGCAGCGAACGCUGCCAUGGAAUGCGGUGAGGCUGCUGCUCCCAGCCAGCCGGCGCCACCUCCGGUGGAGAAAACCGCUGCCCUCCCUGACACGGCCGCCGGCGCCGCUCAAUCUUUUCCUAAUCGAGAGGAAGAGGAAGGCGAUGAGGAAGAGGUGGAAGAAGAAGAGGUGGAGGAUGAAGAGGAGGAAGACGAGGAGGACGAGGAGGACGAGGAGGAGGAAGACGAAGAGCUUGACGGAGAGGUCAGCGAGGAGGAAGAGGAGCACGAGUAUGAGGCAGAGGAGACGGUAAACUCCAACGCCACGACGGUCAAACCAAUCACCAUCACGGUAGGCAACCGCGAGUACAAGCUUUCUUCGUUUGUCAAGAACAGAGGUUUGUCGUACGUGCCGGGGAAACUGAAGUCCAACCCGGCCGCCACCUUCACCCCUUGCGUCAUCGCUGCACCGCACAGCAUCCUGGGCUGCCAGCAUCUGCAUUUAGCGAAUCGUGGCAUCCUCGUGCGGGACCGCUACAUCCGUCUGAAUAUGCUUGUCGACAACCGCGGGAAGGAGGCGCUGCUGCGCAACCCAGAAAGAUCGCUGAAGAUGCAGAUCUGCCGCCGUGACGUGGAGGGCAGUGACAAGGAAUCCCACAACCCGGCCACCUGCUCUGAUUUGCAUCUCCUGCCCAACAUCGUUUUUAUCGGCAUUCCUGGACUGCGGACGGCGUACUUCGAGGCGGAGCUGCGCUUUAACCUGGCGCUGACGAAGCUGAAGGAGCAACCGUGGGAGACGCAGUGCGGGACGUGGUGCCGCGGGCGCCGCUCGCACGUCGUCACCACCUGCUCAUUCUUGCACUACAACCACGGCAACAACCACACGGAGAAGCCGCACCCGCCGCACCGUCCGCUGGCCGCCAUCCCGGACCUCACGCCGAGCCGCCCACCGCAGGAAACGGACGCUGCGCGCCGCCGCGGUCGCGGUGGCCGUGGUGGCCGUGGGGGCCGCGGUGGCAGGGGCGGCAGAGGUGGCAGGGGAGGUUAUCGAGGACGUGGGGGUCGCGGCGAUCGUGGCCGCGGUCGUGGUGCUGGACGAGGGGCACCGCGUGACAUCCUUCCCAAAGCGUCUCAGGCCGGCUACGCCCCUCCGACGGUUGACGCAGCUGAGGCAAGGAGUGCGGCAGCUGCCGUUGCUGCCGCUCCUGCGAAGAGCAAAGCGGCAACGAGUGGCCCCGCUGCUCUCGCUGCGCCGGAUUGGAUAGCACAUGAGGAGCAGGAGGACAGCAAAGCAGAUAACGGACUGCGGAAUCUUCUGUUCGUUCUUUUGGCUGUCUUUGGAAUUCUCAUUGCUGUUCUGCUCACUCGACAAGAAGGGUCUACGCGUGGGGAGGCGUAG